UCAUCAAGACACAAUAAACAAACACACAAACUUUGCAACUGCAAGCAAAGCUUCUUUCUGCAUUAUUAUUUGGGUUUGGGGAGAAAAUCAAGUUUGAUAUAUAAUUUGUAUUAUUUCAAAUGGCUCUUGCGGCAGGUAGCUUCACCCACAUGCCAGUGCUGCCAACCCUCAAAUACGAGUCUAAAAAAUCUAUGAAAAUUACCAUAAAAUGUGCUAACAACAACAAAAACAAAACAAAAGUUGUUGGAAAGAAACCAAUGGGUAGCACAGGAAGCGGAGGAGGGGGAACUGGUCCGAAAACAGAGGACGGAGUAUUGGAGCCUGAUCCAAAAACAGAGAGUGGAUUCUUGGGGCCUGAUCCGCAAACGGAGAAUCCUCAGACACCAAUAAAUUCUGAUGACGAUGAAGAUCAACUUGAUAACACUUUUGCAUUCAAUCUUACUGGCAAGGAGUGGGUGGUGAUUUUUCUUUUUUUGAUCCUCUUUGUAGGUUCAACAUUGUUUAAAGCACAUUAACUAGGACUUAUGAGUUAGGAGUUCUUUUAAUGAAUGGACAUUGUUUUAGCAUUCUAAUUGUGGGGAAUUUCGAGUCAAGAUCCUCUCCAUUUUAUAUCCUCAUCAUUUCUUUCAUUUGGAGAGAUGUAGAUUCAAUUUUUUUUUUAAAAAGUAAAAAAUAAUUAAUGAUUGUGGGACUCACUUAAUGAUAUGACUCACUAUCUAUUUUAUAUAUCUAUCUUUCUCCAAAUUGUAUACUCCAUUUCUUUAUCAAAUGGAGAGGAUCCUAACCCCAGAAUUUCAGUUUUUCUUUCAUUUUAAUGAAGACGUAAAUCAAAGUGGCAAAUGGAUUUGAAAUAGUACGUUGAAAUGAGAAUUGAUUAUAUAUAUAUAUAUAUAUAUAUUCUAAGCUA